AUGUCGCGCGUUCAAACCGCCGCUGCGAGCGACAGCAACGCACUGUACAGUCGUCACGGCCACUCGAUCCAGAUGGCUUCGUUUGGCCCACGAUAUACGAAAUUGGCAGCGUGCAAGUUCUGCACGAAAUACCACAAGGUGCAAAGCUUGAUGACAACGACCUUUGGCGACUACAAGAUAAGAUUUGGAUUCCUUGCGAAGCCAGCGAUCUGA